AUGGCAUCACAAAACAACGCAACUCCGUCAAUCCCCAAUCAAGCCAUGCCAAAUAACAUUGAUCCCCCAAUAAAUUUUGGCAAAUACAAUUUUUUACUUUCACAACUAACCGAUGAAGAAUUGCAAAUAAUACGAAAUCCACCCUUGACUCUGUCUCUAACUAUUGAAGAGUUUUUUGCUCCUGCAAAGAGACCUACAAAAAAUCCAAACCCACCUCGUUCUUUAAAUAUGUACUUCCUUUGGAGAAGAAACUAUGAUGCAUCACAGCCUACCAAAAGUUGCACUGAACGCUCACGCGAAUCCGGUUUUAUGUGGAGUAGAGCAGGAGAAAGAGUCAAACGUUUCUUCCAAAUUUUAGCAAAACUUCAUAAGCUAUAUCAUGAACUUAAAUAUCCCGAGUAUAGAUAUAACCCAAAGAGAAAUGCCUGUUCUAAAGUUAACACGAAAUUGGACCUUACACCUGCCAACUAUGAUAAUGAAAUUCAGGAGAGCUUAAUGAAGCAUCUUGAUUCAGAAGGUCUUCAUCUUGAUAUCAAUGAUGGUCAUGAAGUCUGGGAACAUUUUGUGAAGCAUCUUGAUCCUGAAUACUUAUUGGAACUUAUUAAUCGCAUACGAAG